CGUAAUAUAGCCGUUGGAACAGCAACAGCAGCCUAUCCAAGGUUUCCACUUACGCUUUCUUCUUCUUCUUCUUCGAAUUUCUAACAGGAAGCAGAAACCCUGUUGGGAUUGGAAAGAAAGUUGUUGUUGCAGAAAACGAAAAGAUUCUAAAACCAUUUGCAGAAACUGGUUUGAUUUGGAAAGCUCAACAAUCUCAAGAACAAGAAGCAGAGCAAACAAUGGAGCGGAAAUGCCGAACGGUGACGAGUUCGAGUUCGCCGGAGAAGGAGAAUCUCAACUCCAAUUGGUUGAAAACCAAAAAAGCUUUGAACAACGUCCUCUUCACGAUGCGCCUCCAAUCUAAAGAAUCCAAAUCCCUAAAUCAUCCCCAACGGAUGCCUCUCUCCGAAUCCCCAUUCCAAAUCCCCAAAUCCAAAACCCUAGACACCACCACCACCACCACCACUCUCCCCGCCGACGACGUAAUUAGUCUUCUCUCAGACGAAAUCCUGCUCAAAAUCCUCUCCAAGCUCCCCAAAUCGCAGAGGAAUUCCAUUUCCCUGGUGUCGAAGCGAUGGCUCAAUCUGCAAGGCAGCCUGGUGAGGUCAAUCAAGCUUUUGGAUUGGGAUUUUCUGAUUAGCGGUAGGCUGUUCCUCAGAUUCCCUAAUCUGAUCCACGUUGAUCUGGUAAAUGCCUGUUUGAUCUCCCCUUUAAAUUCAGGCAUCUUUUGCACCCACAAGAGUGUCUCUUUCCAUGUCGAUUCUGAGGUCCUUGAGCUCGGAAAACACAACUUCUUCGACAGUAACUUUGUAAUGAAUGGCGAAGAAGUCGACAGUGGUUUGAAAACUUUGUCGAAAGCUUGUCCGAAUCUUCGAAAACUAGCUGUCAUCAACGCUACAGAAUUGGGGCUUCUAACUCUUGCAGAAGGCUGCCCUUCAUUGCAGGAGCUUGAUCUGCUCAUGUGCCACGACCGAAUGCUGCGCGGGAUUGCAGCCUAUCGGAAUUUGGAGACUUUAAGAUUGACGGGCAUUGUCGAAGGCUUUUACGAGUCAUUGGUUUCGGACAUUGGCCUGACCAUUUUAGCACAAGGGUGUAAGAAUUUGGUAAAUCUUGAGUUGAGCGGAUGCCGGGGGAGUUAUGAGGGGGUUAAGGCAAUCGGGCAGUGCUGCCCGAUGCUGCAGGAGCUGAGUCUUUGCAACCAUAAGAUGGAGGACGGGUGGUUGUUGGCGCUCCCGUUUUGCCGGAGUUUGAGGACUUUAAGGUUGGUUUCAUGUAAGGGGAUAGAUGGUAGCGAUGAGGUGGAGGAUGAGGAGCAUUUGGGGUGUUGUCCGGUUGUCGAAAGGCUGUUUUUGAAGAAAUGUCAGGUUAGAGAUCGGCGGGCUUUGAGGGGGUUGCUUCUUGUUUGUUGUAAUGUUAAGGAACUUUCGAUGGAGAAUUGUUGGGGAAUGAAUGACGACGUUUUUGGGAGUUGCCGUGCUUUGAGGAGAGUGCGGUCGUUGUCGUUGGAAGGGUGCUCGACGCUGACGACGCACGGGCUCGAGUCGGUGAUUGCUGCAUGGGGCGAUCUUCAGAGUCUGAAAGUGAAGUCGUGCAACAACGUAAAGGACGGUGAAGUGAGCCCGACGCUGUCGGGGGUGUUCUCGUGUCUGAAGGAUCUGCAGUGGCAGCCGGAGACGAAAGCGAUGGUGUCGGCGAAUCUGGACGGCGCCGGGAUCAGGAAGAAGGGCAGCAGGCUGUUCAAGAAGGCUUGUGACUGGAAAUCCUUGCCUGGUGCGUAGGAAGAAGUAACUUUCUUGAUUAUGAGUUGUAUGAAUUUGGUAGUUUUGUUGUUGUUGUUGAUUUAUGUAUGAGGUUUAUGUAAAAUGUAAUGUAAUGUAAUGUGGAAUGUGUUUUUGAGGUUAACACAUACAAAAGGUGUGUAUUGUUUAU